CAACUUGGGCCUGGCAGAAUGGCUCCCACAAAGAAGGGUGGCAAGAAGAAGAAGGGCCAUUCUGCCAUCAACGAAGUGGUGACCCGAGAAUACACCACCGACAUUCACAAGCAUAUCCAUGGAGUGGGCUUCAAGAAGCAUGCUCCUCUGGCACUCAAAGAAAUUCGGAAAUUUGCCAUGAAGGAAAUGGGGACUACAGAUGUGCACACUGAUAUCAGACUCAAUAAAGCCCUCUGGUCCAAGGGAAUAAGGAAUGUUCCAUAUAACAUCCAAGUAUAUUUGUCCAGAAAACAUAAUAAGGACGAGAAUUCACCAAACAAGCUCUACACACUAGUAACUUACAUGCCUGUUACCACAUUCAAAAAUCUACAGACAGCCAAUGUGGAUGAGAACUAA